CGGCCCGGCCGAGCCAUGGCGGCCCCGGGAGAGGCUCCGGGCGAGGCCCCGGAACCGACCCCGGGCCCCGGACACCCCCCGGCCGAGGCGCUCCGGGCCGUGCUGCGGCCCAGCGGGGCCCUGCCGGCCGAGGCGCUGCCGGUGCGCGGGUACGACUUCGCGAGCGGCCCCGACCUGGCGGAGCUGCUCCGCUCCUUCCGCACCACCGGCUUCCAGGCCACGAGCUUCGCGCGGGCCGUGGCCGAGAUCCAGAGGAUGAUCUCGGCCAAGCUGCAGCCCCUGACUCCAGAGCAGCGGGAACGGGGGGCCCUGGCGGGGCCGCGGCCGCCCUCGGGCUGCACCAUCUUCCUGGGCUUCACCUCCAACCUCGUGAGCUCCGGGGUCAGGGAGAGCAUCCGAUACCUCGUCCAGCACGGAAUGGUGGACGUGCUGGUGACCACGGCGGGGGGGGUGGAGGAGGACCUGAUCAAGUGCCUGGCACCCACCUACAUCGGGGACUUCCACCUGCGGGGCCGGGACCUGCGGGAGAGCGGCAUCAACAGGAUCGGGAACCUGCUGGUGCCCAACAACAACUACUGCAAGUUUGAGGACUGGCUGAUGCCCAUCCUGGACCGGAUGGUGGAGGAGCAGGACACGCAGGGCGUGCGGUGGACGCCGUCCCGGGUGAUCGCGCGGCUGGGCAAGGAGAUCAACCACCCCGAGUCGGUCUGUUACUGGGCCCAGAAGAACAACAUCCCGGUGCUGAGCCCGGCGCUCACCGACGGCUCCCUCGGGGACAUGAUCUUCUUCCACUCCUACAAGCGCCCGGGGCUGGUGCUGGACAUUGUGGAGGACCUGCGGCUCAUCAACACCCAGGCCAUCUUCGCCCACAAGACCGGGAUGAUCAUCCUGGGCGGGGGCCUGGUCAAGCACCACAUCGCCAACGCCAACCUCAUGCGGAACGGCGCCGACUUCUCCGUGUACGUGAACACGGCGCAGGAGUUCGACGGCUCCGACUCGGGCGCGCGGCCGGACGAGGCCGUGUCCUGGGGCAAGAUCCGCGUGGACGCCACCCCCGUCAAGGUUUACGCCGAUGCCUCGCUGGUGUUCCCGUUGCUGGUGGCCGAGACCUUCGCCCGCAGCGCCGACGCCUUCCCGGUGCCAGGGGGGCACUGAGGGACUGCCCGGCUCGGGGGUGACCCCCACACAUCCCCAGGGUGGGGGACAGUGGGGUGACACCCCCUGGGGGGGUACAGGAGACCUCCACGCCUGCCCUCCCCUGUCUGUGUCCCCCAUCCCCUCCCCCCUGCUUGUAUUUAUUUGAGCUCCCAAUAAACCACAGCCGGGUCUCCAC